AGGAAAAGUUUUUUUAGACUGUAGGUGCGUCCGCAUGCUCUGGAAGUAUGCUUGUGAAGUGUGUCGCGCUAAACUGUCUAACUAGAGACUUUUACUCUGUUCAAGUGAAGUGAUUUUGAUCGUCUUCGGUUGCAAUCAUUACUCUCUUCAAGUGUUAAACACGCUAAAGACCACCAUAGAUACUUUUCAAAACCAUGCUUCUAAUAAUGUCAACUUGUCAUAUACUACUUGUCAUACCUUAGCUACCUGUUAACUCGCUACUACUAGUAACAAAAUCCUAGUACUAACAAUAGAUCCAUGACUUGUGUUGUUAAUCACAUACAAGUGAUGGGCAUGAUUUAUCUGUAAGUCACUGUUCUAGAUCUACUGGUGUAUAAAAGCACUAAGUGCCAGCUUAUAAAAAAAAAGUUGUCUCAGUUCUGUAUGAUCGUUAUCUAAAAUUGUUUAGCGACUAGCUACUGUUGAGCACAAUUGAGAACUCAAGUGAUAACAUUACUUUUCGUCCUUAGACAGUAGAUCCAGGUGGUUAUUAUCCUUGUGUAGUUUAGUAGCACUAAACUUCGUAGGCCUUGUCCAUCUUGUGUAAAGCACUAAGAGCCCUCGUGGUAGUAAUCACAUUGACCAGCUAAUACGCGGCCGUAGUGCUUAGCCAUUCCCUGUAGAAGUCUCGACGGAAACAGGUCCUGUGCAAUUACAUCUGGAUAUUUUCUUUGCAAGAUACAAACUUGAUGCUUUUGUGGGGAAUCGUUUUCGUGGACGAGACUCGUAUCAAAGAUAACUUGGCACUUUUCUAAAGCAACCGCACAAAGAGUGCGUUCUUGUUUCUCCCCUCACUAAUAAGCUACGGGAAAAAUAAAGUUUAAAGGUAAGGAUUUCCAAAAAAGCAAGAAUUAAAGUAAUGAAUAUUGGCUGCUUAGUUAAGGCGUCAGAAGCUACCUCCAGAAUAGGUAAGUGAGUGAGUGAGUGGAUGAAUGAAAAUACUCUUUCUAGAGACGUGUAUUGAAUGAAGAUACCUUCUUGCCUUGAAGCAGUACUGCUUAUCACAGCUACACUAGUUCAUCUGGUUACAUGGUAAAUGUUCGAGUUAUAGUUUAUCUAACAGUUGUAGUUGUUGUAAGUUGCAAAACACAACUGAAGAACCAAGUGGCAUUCUUCAUCAAGUUUUAAUACUGGCAUCAUCGUAGGACUUGAAGCUUCUUCUUCGGAGGUAAGUAGUAGCUAAAAAGAUAGCUGCUUAAAUUCCUUAAAGAGCCAAGGCAUCUUCGAACGACUUUUCAUUCCAACCGCUCCAACGCUUGGUCCAUCAAGAAAAAAAUCAAAAAAAACAAGUUCAAGUUUUGUGAGAAAAAUGAUGUCAUCGUCGACCAGAAGUUUGCUAUAAAACGAAGAAGGUUUCUUCCUGAAUCGAACGGCUUUGCAGCUCUACCGAAAACACGGAAAGGACUAGACUCGGAGCCUAACAAUUUUUGGGUUCAUUGAAGUCAGUGGAAGUGCGAGUUUUCGUGGAGACAGAAUUGCACCAGCUUGACAACUUUAAGGCACUGACUCUUGUUAAGUGGUGAGUAUCGAUGUUGACCACUCAUUUUCUGCGCAGGGUAUUACCUUUUCACUCCAUGUCAAAAGAACGUUUUCACUUUUCACUUUCAACGUUUUCGAGUAGUGUAAAACAGAUUGAAAGUGAAAGAGAACGGUUGACGCAGUUGAGUGUGCUUCGGAAAAUGAGCUAUCGACAGCGCGACGAGCUCUAAGAAACGUAUACAACGUGCUGAAUAAACCAUAAGCAGACACGCAACUGGAAUGCAAGAAGAAUACUGCAAGUAUACACGUAGCUCGGUGCGUCUCUUAUAUAUCCAUCUCCAGGCGGCCUUAGUUCUAGUGGUUGUAUUGUAGGUUGUAUGCGUUGUAGGUAUUAUCAGCUUGUUGAAGCAUUUGAUUUUUCUGGAAUUCUAUGAAGCCAGUGAGUAAGUCGCGGUCUGAGCAGUUACUGGGACGCACGGUUUUUUUUUCCAGCUCUCAUUAUGGCUCUGGAACGAUUAUUCAUCUCCACUGAGAAGAUUGUUUUCCGAUAGUACAGAGGACUGGAAAAUACAUAGUAGACUGAGUCUUCGACUGGAAGUGAGUUAUUGCUUGCUCCUUCUCUAAUGCGCGUGACACAAAUUUCCAUAAUUACCGCGUAGUUACGAAGAAGACCAUCCUCACAACACCGGAAAGGAGUAUCUCGAUGCUGUGCCGACAAGAGUUGAGGCCGCUUAAGAGGUGCUAAUCAAUCUCCUCUAGUGUGGUCCCAUUCUCUGGUAGCACACCGUGUACUUCUUCUGUGACAGCAACAAUCUUACUCAUCUGUAGUGAUCUAACUUUAGUAAUUGUUUCUGAUCUUGUAUUUGUUGUUAUUGGGUGAGUGCUGUUGUGUUCUUUGAGUAGCAGUGAUUUGUUGUAACAUCUCUGCUGACUAUUAUUCUGAGCUUACUACUUUUAUACUGCAAAAUUGCAUAGAAGCAGUAACAGUUCUCACUCGUGUAGGCGCGACUGCUGUGACACGGCCACGAGAGCCUAGACGAGGGCCGCCGGCGUCCUCCAAUGCAAUGAAGUGAAGAGAUAUAUUUGAUGUAAGGUAGGAGAGUAUUACUAGUUUCUUGUACUAUUCAUUUCCUGUUGAAGUUUUUCAAGGAAGUUGACUCACCUGACAAACGUCAAGGUAGUAUUUUGAUUUGUAUUUGUUCUUUGUUCUUGUAUAUGUGACAUGUAUGUAGUAGGUCGAUUUGUUCUCUGUUUUUGUAUGUAACUUUCUGACAGCUUUGUUUGAUUGUUUCAUUCUUUGUGACCACCCUUUUUAUUUGUAUUAUUUUUCAAAAAUUUUAUUGAGUGCUGUUAGUUUGUACUUAGGACGAGAAGAAUCGUGAUCAUGUUGUUUGUUAAGAAGUCAGCUUUUUCGUUCCUCCUGGUGGUUGAACGCGCCCGGGCAGCUCGCAGCGACAUAUUGACUUAAGGCCUCAUUGCUGAUACGAGUUUUGUUUUCAGACACAAGCAACUGCAACUUCUUGGUAUUGCACUGAGGGAGAGACGAAAAAUUCCGAAGAAACACAUCCAAAAAGAUGCUAUGCUUGUUUUAGGAUGAUUCUCAAUCUAGUAUUAGGUGAAGAGGCUGCUUACCUUCUCAUAGCAUGCCAAUUUUGCUAGCCACGAAGAUGCCCUUCUUGAUUAUUUCAGCAUGGUAAUUGGAUGUUUUCAUCCAACGUUUCUUCUUCUAACCAUUGCGGCAAUCUCUCUCGGGAUCCCCAAGCGCAGCUUCCGGGUCGGGUUCUCCUGAGAUUCGUGCAGGGAGUUAAGGGUUUGCGAAUUGCAUACUUCACUACCAUCCUUGGGUCCUUUUCAAGGGGUUGAAAAGGGCCCAAGGAUGUUCUGAAGAAUGCAACUCGGCAACCUGCUUUAAGGUAGACGCCCACAGCCUGUAGAGGAUGACGAGCGCACCGCUUCGCCAGGCAGCCAAGAUGCCGCUUCUCCAGUGUGUACUUCGUUAUGAAAUAGUUUUCAGCUAUAAUUUCUACUCGAGCCUGUUUCUAUCGUCCCAAACAACGCGGCAUGGCCGCAGAGCUGCGGACGGACCUUAAACCUUGAGCCUUAAUUUCGGUAAAAAGCAAUGAAGUGAAAAGAAAUAGAAGUAGAUCUAGGUAGAAAAGACUUGUAAUACGUGCCUGCGCUUUCGUCAUAUACAUAUUAUCAUCAUGAAACUCAGAUUGUACUUCUCGAAGUUCUCAUAGGAUCUGUUCUAAGUAGUGUCGAAAGUUCCGACGCUGAGCUGUCAUCUGCGGAAAAUGAUGAACCAGGAAACGAUCAUGAGCAAAAUGGACAUAAUCCAGUUGUUCAACAUCAUGAGCAAACUGGACCUACUAGUCCAGAACAAUCUGCUUUACCGAGGGAGCACAACAUGCCGAGUCAGCACAUGCCGAGUCAGCACAUGGUGAGCCAGCACAUGUUGCCGCAGCACGUUGUAUCGAUGGGAGGAGUUGAUUUUGGUGUCGGAAAUUUGAGCAAGCGUGUAGCUUUAGGCGACCACAAUCUCAACUCGGAACGAGCUUUGGCGGACGAUGCGUCAGGAGAUGCAUCGACUACAGCAACAAGUAGUGGCCAUCAUGGUGCGGAAUACAGUUCUCACCUCUCCAGCGGCCGAUCCGAACUCGAUUUUGUGCCAAAUUCCUCGUCCCAUGUUGUAGGUAAGGCUGCUCCUACAAUAUAAUUGUAGCUACCAUCUUCUCAAGAAACAUCUUGGUUACCCGUCUCCUAAGGGAAAAAAGGGAAGCAAGAAAUGGCUGAAGGAGAUGAAUUUCUCAUACGACGUCUAACCAUGGACGGGACAGCGGAUUUUUCCUGAACACUGAGGCAUUAAAAUUAAGGCUACUUUAGGAUACUUUAGGAUACUUGUUCGUUGAUAGUUACCCUUUUCUCUUUUCUAUCUUCCUCUGGUCUGUCUUUUUUCUAGUUAGGUCGGCUCCACCACAAUUAAGGCUACUUUUUACACGAGGGGGGUUAUGUAGACGAGGUUCUUAAAGCUAUCAUCUUCAAGGUGAGCUCUAAUAAUAAGUCCUGGCGAAGAUGGUACUGAAUUGGCAGGCAGCGAUGCUUCGAACGACAGCAUUCUUGGCGCCAACUCCUACGCAAGGAGACGGCGAACAAGGUCUGCGCCCCGAGCAAGGUCUGCGCGCAGACGAUUGUCUACAAGUUUCACUUCUGCAAGGGAUCUCGACACCCCUCCUGCUCGGGAGCACUUUUCGAGUACAACGGCUAACACUUAAGGCUGGCGUUUGUUGGUUCUUCUAGUGGACCAAGAAGCCCCGUGCUGGGUAUAUCAUCGCCGUCAUAGGUUUUUAGUGAUUCUCCUGUAAUGUACAAGUGUGCAUGCAUGAUCACUGCAAUCCUGUUCGUAAUUUCAUAAUUUCUAACUUUACAAGGUCAAGGGCGCCACCAUGGAUGAUGCACCAGACGGUCCUCUGUGGGACUCUGGCUUCAAUGAUAACUCGUGGCUAAAUCAUCUGCGUCGUGCGCACAGAAUGAGCUCGACAGUCGACCAAUCUUCAAAGGCCCCUUCUUCGAGCACAGCUCCGAGUAGCUUGCUUUCUUUUCCUACUAUUAAGGCUAUCAUUUUUUAGCUGUUUCCGUUGCCGUUUGUUGUGCUGGCUCUCCUAAGGCUAAGUAGGGACGAGAAAAGCAGAACGAACGGGGAAGAGAAACGCCUCCAAUUCCAAGGCCCUACCACUAACACUAGUACUACCGAGCCUUCGCGAAGCAACGCCAUGAACAUGAUUACGGUUCGAAUUCCAAGUGCUUCCCCUACACGAUCCUCCAACACUGUGAUGAGCAUCCCCCGACGGGCCAGUACUUCUCCAGUACGUGAUAACUCCCUCGGCCUUUCUACAGACGAGACUCGCACUGCCUCGUCCUCUGUGCGAGAGGAUAUUAAGGCUUCGCCUAAUCUGCCAUUAUUUUUAGAAGCAACUUGAAGAGGCUUCCAGCACCACUAAUCUUCCAUUUUUAGAGAUUGCACAUCUUGGAGAGCAGAAGCAACUUGAAGCUUUUGAAGCUGUCCCAUGAUAAGGGAAAAGAAGAGUCAGGAUGCGUCUCAAGAUAGACAAGGGUCGUGGGCUCUAAUAUUAAGAACAGCCGUGAUGCUACUACGCUGCCUCACGACUUCGCGUCCCGCACUACUUCUCCUGUGCGAGGACGCAGCGUGGAUCUUAGUACAACCACGAGAGAAGACGCGCCGGAAGCUGGCGAACUUAAACGCAGCAGCGAAGGACGAAGCACCAGAGCGGAUGUGCCUUAAGAAUGAGUCACGUGGUCUAGUAUCACAGUCAUUGUUCGUCUAGAUGAUAAAAAUCUGUUACUUUCAUAUGAAGAAACCCUGAUCAAAAUCUAAUCACCCUCGCUACGUGACAACGUUUCGCUUCGUGGCACUACUCCGCUUCAGACCAGUCGUCCGAGUAGAGUAACAACAACAAUUACGGCCGUUCAGCCUCGUAUUAUACAGAACUUCUACCGCGCUGAUGUCCGAAUGGCCGGCCCGCCGUGGAUGGAUUCGCUUUUUCUUAGUACUUAUUGAUACUUUUGUUGAGGAUCUGAUGUUUCUUCUGUCGUCUAUAACAUUUCCCUUUACACUUAUUGCGCAGCAGCAAUGGACUAAUAGAGUAGUUCUCUCCCAAAUCAUACACAAACGCGCUCAGAUGUUGAGCACGACAAGAUUGUCGAUCCACGUCGACCGCUGACCCAAGAACAGCUCUGCGACCGCUCGGCUUCCACUCUGGGUGAUCAUGCUUAUGAAGAACGAGGUUGAGCUUGGUCAUGUUAAGGCUACAAGAAAUUCAUCUUCACCGUCAUCCUGGUCCCGUUUUUAAAGAGAAAAGGAGACCCAAGAUGUUACUGAAGAUGGAUUUCUCUUAGUUCUAACCAUGUAGAGUGAUUUUCAUAGAUUUCUUCAAACUUCAAGUACCGGGUUGGUAAUGUUGUCACUUCUUUCUUCUUUAUUGUCAUGCUUGCCAUGUGACAUGGCGAACUCCUCGGGAUGUCAAUCAAUCAAUCAAUUAACGCGCUGUCUUUUAUACCCCUUGACUGGGUACGCUACUGCUACUACUACGACUACUACUCCUAUGCCUUUUCUAAGAAUUGCAGAAGUUGCAUUUUCACAGAGCAUUGUUGCGGGAGAUGGCAGGCGUGCCGCAAAGAUUCGCAGGCUUUCACUUAAGGUUCGUGCGUAGCAACUGGAAGUUCUUCAAAAAGAACUAACGUAGUCAAUAAGAAGAGAAGAAAUAGAAAUCUUCCAAACAGUGACCUCAUGCCAGGCACAUCAAUCAAUCAAUCAAUCAAUCAAUCAAUCAAUCAAACUGAAUAGAAGAAGAUGGUGCGCAAUUUUGUAUCCUCGACGAUGGCCUUAGUUAGUAGAAAGGCAUCUUGCUGAUUAGAUUCAAGUCAUCACGUGAUUGGUAGAGAACGCUAAUGCUGUCGGCCCCCACUGCUGCGGCUGGCUCCGUGAUCCCACCGACCGGGCCCGCUCUGCGUCAACAGCAAAUCCGAAAAGAUCGACUCGCGCCGACUUUGCGUCAGAGGCGAGGUAUUCGAUUCACUAGAAGCAUUCGGCGACAGUGAUGACCUGUAGUUUGUACUUCUGUAAAGUUGGAUGACCUUGUAGUUGUGCCACCAGUGGCUAGUAAAACAAAACGAACUUCAGAAACAUUCCCAGUAUGUUGAUUAUCGCGUCGUGGUUAUAUCACUCACAGGGGCGCUGCGGGAGGGCGCGCGAAAGUAA